AUGAUCCGUAUCAGCUCUGUCUCCUUGGUGUUCAGUCGGAGUCAAAUCCGCCUCCAUGGCCAAUCAACUGCCUCACCGCGGAUCUUUCCUCCCACGAUCAAUGAAUUGGCAGCGGCUCCCUUGCCAGAAGAUGAAGUAACAGUUACCGGAUGGGUCAGGACUGUGAGGAAGCUGAAGAACGUCGCUUUUGCAUCUGUAAACGACGGUUCAAGCGGAGCAAACAUGCAAGUCGUCCUCAAACAUGACCAAUUAGAGGGAUUGACCACGGGGACGAGCGUGCAAAUCACCGGCCGCUACGAACAAAGCACGAAAGGUAAAGGCCAACAAGAUCGAGAACUCAAAGCUAGCAAUGUACAAGUUUUGGGUGCUUCGGAUGGGGAGACAUACCCUAUGCAGAAAAAGUACCAUGGUGCUGAGCAUUUGCGACAAAACGCUCACCUUCGCCCUCGAACAUCCUCGACCUCCGCUCUCCUCCGUCUCCGAUCGAAGACGAUGUCAGCCCUCAACAACUUCUUUGACACACAAUCCUUCACGCAAACUCACCCACCCAUCCUCACCUCCUCCGACUGCGAAGGCGCCGGUGAAGUCUUCUCCAUCUCCACCUCCACCUCCUCACCGAAAGGUGCAAAAGACAAAGGCGGAUUCUUUGGUCACUCAACAUACCUCACCGUAUCAACCCAACUCCACCUCGAAGCCCUCGCCCACGGUCUCGGGCGCGUAUGGUGUGUCUGUCCGGCAUUCCGCGCCGAAACAUCGCUCACAAACCGGCAUUUGGCGGAAUUUUGGAUGUUGGAGGCCGAAGUUGCGUUUGUGCGGGAACAGGGGGAAUUGAUGACGUUGACGGAGGAGAUGAUCAGGCAUGUCGCCAAAGGGCUCCUCGAGAACCCCACCGCGGCCGCCGAACUCGCACCGUACGCAUCCCCAACUGCUGAGGGCAAUGAUACGAAAAUCGACCUUCCCUCCCGCUGGCGUGGCCUCGCAAGAGACAACUGGACCCGAAUGUCCUACACCACCGCAGUCAACCACCUCCAACACGCCGUCUCCACCAACCUCACAUCCUUCAAAUUCCCGCCCAUCUGGGGCCACGCACUCCAAUCCGAACACGAGAAAUGGCUCGCAGGGGAAUUCGUCAAAGGACCCGUUUUUGUACACGAUUACCCAGCCUCCCUAAAACCGUUCUACAUGCUUCCCUCACUGCCCUCAAACACCGUGUCUGAGGGAGCAACGGUCGCGUGCUUUGACCUUCUCGUCCCCGAGAUGGGAGAGUUGGUUGGUGGAUCACUUCGUCAACACGAUGCCGCCGCCCUUGAGUCACAGAUUGAGAAAGCUGGAAUGAAGGCGGAGGAGAUGGCGUGGUAUGUGGAGUUGAGGAAGUGGGGGAGUGUCCCGCAUGGUGGGUUUGGGAUGGGUUUUGAUCGGUUUUUGGCGUAUCUUGGAGGUGUGGAGAAUUUGAGGGAGGUUGUUGCGUUUCCGAGGUGGGCGAAGCAUUGUAAGUUCUAGGCGUGGAAUGGAACCCGGAGGGAAGGUGAGGGAGUGGUUGUUGCGGUUUUGGUGUCUAAGCAUAUAGAAGCGGAGACGUAUUGAUGGGGGCAUAGAGACAUAGAUGCCUCAUAGAACAGUACCAGUAACCAUGCUUGCAUACUCCCACCCCAUGGAAUCAAAAAAGAAAACGAAAGAAAACGCCAUGAUAACACGAAAACCCGGGGCCCCCCCUAACCCCAACCUCACACGCAUCCAACUCAC